UGUCAUGAUCAUUUUCUGAAGUUCAGAUGUGAUGAAUUGAAAGUGGAAGGCUUAGCGAAGAAAUUGGAUGCGUCUGAGUCGGACAGCGACAGCGAAUUUGAGGAUGUACCCGAGAAAGAAGGUCUUGAACUUGAUUUCAAACCACCAGAUGAGGUUCCGGAUUAUAUUUUGUCGAGAAUCAAAGAAAUUGAUCAAGAAGCGGGACCGAGCACAAGUGGAAUAAGCAGUAGACUUAAGAAGUCUUCAGAAGCACAAGGUUAUACCCUUUGCCGGCUUGUUAUUAUUGAGAUUCCAGACUUGAAUUGUGGAGUA